CAUUUUUUUUCUCCUCCAACUUCUUUUCUUACAAGGUGGAAUGAAUUGCACAACACCCACACCUUCUUAUUGCUACCGUCAUAACCCAGAAUUGAUCAAGUCAAGAAAUAAAGAUGAAUUCGAUAUUAUUCAGCUAGAAAAAGAAUUAAGCACUCUCUCUUCAGAAGACCAACAAGCCAUUCAACAUAUCUGGGCUCGCUAUCAAUCAUCCAAUAAACACCAGCGACUUUUGAUCCUCAAGGGCAUUCUCUAUUCAUCCUGCACACCUCAAUUAAGUUUUAUUUCCAACACCGUCAAACCUCUUUUGCGUGUUGAUUUCACUACUGUCUUUCCAAGUGAAAUCACGCAACGUAUCUUUACCCUUCUGGAUGCUUCUUCACUCUGUGCUGCUGCUCAAGUCAACAAACACUGGCGUCGAUUAGCAGAUGAUGAUCGUUUAUGGCACCGCAUGUGUGAACAACACAUCAAUAAGAAAUGCACCAAGUGCGGAUGGGGAUUACCUCUUUUACAGAAACGUAAAGUAGUGCAUGUCAAACGUGCCCGAGAACCUUGUGAAUUGCCAUCCCCAAAGCGAAUGGAUCGUCGUCCUUGGAAAGAUGUCUAUAGUGAGCGACUCGUGGUCGAACGUAACUGGAGACGCAACACAUCCACACAACGCAUUCUCGACAAACACCAUACAGCCGGCAUCAGUUGCUUACAGUUUUGUGAAGCACAGAAUAUCUUGGUGACUGGAUCGUAUGACAAGACAGCCAUUGUGUGGCAUUUAGAGACAGGUCAAGUUUUGCGUACACUCAAGGGCCAUGCACGUUGUAUUCGCACCUUACAGUUUGACGACACCAAACUAGUGACGGGUUCUAUGGACAACACACUCCGUAUUUGGAAUUAUCAUACAGGUCAAUGCAUUCGUACUCUGGAAGGCCAUACAGAAGGCGUGGUUCAUUUGAAUUUCAAUUGCCGUAUCUUGGCCAGUGGAUCUGCUGAUGCUACCAUCAAAAUCUGGAAUUUUGAGACUGGAGAAUGCUUUACGUUGACAGGUCAUACCAAGAUGGUCAAUCAUGUCAGUAUUCAAAAGGACAGCUCUACCUUGGUCUCUAGUUCAGACGAUGGCACAAUCCGUAUCUGGGACCUUGAAAAGCGUGCCUGUGCUCGUAUUCUCAAGGGCCAUAUGGCACCUGUUCAAACAGCCAUUCCUAGUAUGCCUGGGUUCCUGCACACAUUCAAUAAACAGAAACGAAUGAUCCGGGCCAUGACACCACCCACCAGUAGUGAUGAGGAAGAAGACAUCAAGAAACCUGUGAAAAAAGACCGCUCUCUUGAACAAGUGGUGAUUUCUGGCUCUUUAGAUAACACUAUCAAGGUCUGGUCUCUUGAGUCUGGCGAAUGUCUACAGACAUUAUUUGGUCAUGUUCAAGGUAUCUGGACAUUAGCUUAUGAUAAACUCAGACUGGUGUCUGGCUCUCAUGAUGGCUCGCUUAAAUUAUGGGAUAUUCAAAGUGGAUUGCCGAUGCAUUCAUUGGAUGGCCAUCCUUCUGCUGUGACGGCUGUUGAUCUUAGUGAUACCAAAAUUGUCAGUGCUGAUAAUCAAGGCCAAAUCCGUAUUUGGGAUUUUGGUGUUCAAUCUAUACCCUCUUUUUAAAAAAAAAAAAAAAAA